GCCAAGAUCAACACAGCAGCUAAUAGGAAUUCCAAGUUACAACUUUUCCUUCUCAGGAUUUCAAAGAAAAACAGCAACCAGACACUGGACAAGACUUUUACCUGUUUACACUGAACUGAAGACAGCUUUUGUUGGACCUUGGACUUUCACGCUUUCUUUGUGGUGUGAUUUUUAAUUCCAUUUUGAUUCUGGGACACUGUUGAGAGAAACGACGAGUGCCUGAAUUGAUGCAUGCACUCUGCUGGCACUGACAUUUGUUGAUUAUCCAGAGACUGUGUUUUCUAUAAGCACCUGGUAAGCCUACUUUUUCCUACGACUUUAUGUCUACAAAGAUGGAACAGCCUUUUUAUCAUGACGACUCUUUUCUUUCGGCUUACGGCCACUCAGAUGCAGCAAUGCACGACUACAAACUGCUAAAGCAGAAUAUGAAUUUGAACUUGACAGAGCCCUAUCGCAACCUGAAAUCCCAGCUGAGAGCCGAGACAGACCCGUACCAAGGGGGGCAGCAAGACGCGGCGUCCCUGAAGCUCGCAUCCCCUGAGCUAGAGAGGCUCAUCAUCCAAAACAGUAACGGUGUGAUCACCACUCCUACCCCCGGGCAGUACUUCUACAACCGGGGGAUCACUGAUGAGCAGGAGGGGUUCGCUGAGGGUUUCGUGAAAGCCCUGGACGAGUUGCACAAGAUGAACCAGAUGCCUCCUCCUAAUGUGUCCAUCGGAGCUGGUGGAGUUACGACGUGUUCAGCGGCGGCCUCUAGUGUCUUUGGUUCCGCCUUGCAACCGGAGCCUCCUAUCUACACAACACUGAACGCCUACUGCCCGAACACAAGCCUCUCUUCCGCAUCCAGCUACCCCACAGCCACCAUCAGCUACCUGCCGCCACACCAGCAGAGCCACCCGCACACCUCGACGCACGGCACGCACCCCUUCCAGCACAGUCUCCCCGGCUCCGGACUCCAUCCGCAGCGGCUCGCCGCGCUGAAAGAGGAACCUCAGACCGUGCCUGACCUCCUGAGCAGCGACGGUUCGCCUCCGAUGUCUCCCAUCGACUUGGAGACCCAGGAGAGGAUCAAGGCGGAGCGCAAGAGGCUGAGGAACCGACUAGCAGCUACCAAAUGCCGGAGGCGCAAGCUGGAGCGCAUCGCCCGGCUAGAGGAGAAGGUGAAAGUUUUGAAGAACGACAACGCGGGGCUCUCCAACACAGCAUCGGUGCUCCGGGAUCAGGUCGCCCAGCUCAAACAGAAGGUCCUUACACAUGUGAGCAGCGGCUGUCAGCUCAUGCUUACAAGCAAGAUGGAGGCAUUUUAAACCACAGCGCCUAUAAACUGACCGAGAAGUAAUAACACUGGAGUCAUGUUCUGCAUGCGCAGCACUGGAAUACCGGCUAAUGUGUUGUCAGCAUUGGCAGCGACACAGGGCCGAGGGCUAUGUGUAGACAACUCUGUAGGCUAUUUAGGGUGAAAAGACUGAUUUAAAUGGUACUUCCGGAUGCUGGACACCGCUUAAAGGACCAUUUAACCCUAGAAACCAGGGCAGCAUUCAGGCUGAGAAGACACUUAGCAACAUAGCGGGCACUGGCCCAAGAGCCGGGUUUACUAAUGGUAGAAAAUGGGAAUGAUUCUUUGUACUUUUGCAACUGAUAUUGUCAUGCAAUGCUGCAUUUUAUUCAUUGUGUAAAUUAUUUUGUUUGUCCGGUGGAUCCAGACAAACUUAUGAUGUCCAAUGUUUACAAUGUCUUUUAUAUUUGUCUUGUGUAUUUAAGUAAAGUGUCUUUAAAUG